CGGCCCGGCUCGUCCCUCAGCUUCGGCCUCUUGGCGCGCGGCCCCUCUGCCGACCUCCUCAUGCCGGCAGCGGCGGCAGCGGCUGUGGCCUCGGGGCGAGCGCUUUCCCGCCCCUUCCCGGCGACGGGCAGCUGAGGCGGGGCCGAGGGGGGCGCGGCGGCCGUGGUGUCAGGCGAGGCCGAGGCGAGCGCACUUCGUGGAGGAACCGGCGGCUUUCCUGGCGGCGUGGCCGGGCCGGCCAGCCUGCUUUUCUCUCCCCCACACCCCGCCGGGACAGCUGGCGGGCCGGGGCGUGGCCGGGCUGGGCCUGGGAGGGUUUCGCAGCCAUCUUGGGCCGCGUUGCUGCCGCCUCCGCCUCCUCCUCCGCCGCCGGUUUCCUCGCCAGGCGCGGCUCUCGCGGGGAAGAAAAUGAUCCACAGCCUGUUUCUUAUAAAUUCUUCUGGGGACAUAUUCCUGGAGAAGCACUGGAAGAGCGUCGUCUGCCAAUCAGUGUGUGACUAUUUCUUUGAAGCUCAGGAAAGAGCAGCUGACGUGGAAAAUGUGCCUCCCGUCAUCCCCACCCCUCACCACUUCCUCAUCAGCAUCUACCGAGACAAAAUCUUUUUCGUGUCUGUCAUACAGACGGAAGUGCCACCGCUUUUUGUCAUUGAAUUCCUCCAUCGCGUAGCAGAUACUUUCCAGGUACACAAAUAACGAGGCCUACUUCGAUGUGAUUGAAGAAAUCGAUGCCAUCAUAGACAAAUCUGGGUCCACGGUCUUUGCAGAAAUCCAAGGUGUCAUCGAUGCUUGCGUCAAGCUCUCAGGAAUGCCAGAUCUUUCACUUUCUUUCAUGCUUGGUGGCUAUUCCAGUGUAUGUGAAGCAUGCAAUUACUUUCAAAGAGAAUUCAUCUUCUGGAAGAUUUGAUGUUACCAUUGGGCCUAAACAGAACAUGGGGAAGACAAUUGAAGGAGUCAUCAUGACUGUUCAUAUGCCCAAAGCAGUACUCAACAUGAGCCUGGCACCCACCCAAGGCAGCUACACAUUUGAUCCUGUCACUAAGGUUUUGACAUGGGAUGUUGGCAAAAUCAUCCCUCAGAAGCUGCCUACUCUGAAAGGGAUGGUGAAUUUACAGACUGGCGCUCCGAAGCCAGAGGAAAACCCCAGUUUGAAUAUUCAAUUCAAGAUCCAACAAUUGGCUAUUUCUGGACUGAAAGUAAAUCGCCUUGACAUGUAUGGAGAAAAAUAUAAACCAUUUAAAGGUGUGAAGUACAUCACAAAGGCAGGGAAGUUCCAAGUACGAACAUGAAGCUCAAGAACUCUGUUUUUCUGGCAGAUGGUUGUGUGUAUGUGUGCGUGUGUGUUUCAGCCUCUGAGAAAAAUGAGUGUUAGUUACUUAAAUUCUUCUUAAAUGCCAAUUUUAGCCAUUCCUCUGAAUUAUAUCCAUUCCACAGAGUCCUAAUUUCCAGGUGUAGUAAUAGAAUUAAGUUGGUCUGUUUUUCCUACAUGGCUUUCAAAGAGAAAAUGUUUUGUAAGUAGGGCUGGUUGUUUCUGGUGGACUUUGUGGAUUUUGGCUGUAGUGACCACCUGGGCUGCCCUUUGAACCAGCUAUUCCUAAACACCGCCACACAAACCAUCAAAGCACAAGAAGGAAGAACCUGGAUUGGACAGAAAGGAAGCCCAAUCUGAAGCAGAGAAGGAAACAGCUAUUGCACGCCGUUUACGCCGUUUCUGAAAACAUCUCUGAGAAAGCCUUACCCUAAGCCCUAUUGACAAAAGACUUUUUAAUGGAACAAAAACAAACAAACAAAAAAGCCUUUUUCUGCAGGAUUUACACCACCCCUGCCUUUUUUAGUCAAAACUGCCUUAUCAGCUUGAGAAUUCAGCAGACAAUCUGUAGCCAAUGUUAAAAGAUUUUUUUUACCACAGUUUGCUUUGAAAAUGAAUGAAUGGGAUAUGGAGCCUGAUUUGUUUCAAUUACCUCUGCAUUUACAGAUGUCAAAUCUCACACAUUUUAUUGUUUGUGCCCUUCACACCUCUGAGGUAGCUCCUCGGAGGUGGUGCUGCUUGUUUUCUGAUGAAAUAAAAGGGAACACAGCUGUACCAACA